UUCUGCAUAAACAUGCACCCCACGUUCUGGCUCCCUAAACUGAGAAAAGGAAAAACUAACACACAUCCAUCGAACAAAUCAAGAUCAAGUUUUGUCAAAAAAACACUAAUUCCUAACAAAAAAAGAAAAAAAAAAUAACAUCUUUCCUCAAUCAUUUCAUUUGGGAGUUAGGCUUUCUCCCUUCUUUUUCCAUCUCCCUCUCACUCUCGUAACAAAAAUACUAGACAAAAUAGCUUCCUCUCCAACUCCUUCCGACGGGUCGAACAAAUCGCAUGUGUUCUACCUUGUUCAUUCUGCAAAAGCUUUCCUGAGAAAACUAAAAAUGGUUCGGGCAAUCGAAGAAGAGCAAGAAAAUUACAGGUCCAGAGUGUUAAAGUUUAGAGGGAUGCAUGAGAGUGCAGGGAGACAUGGAAAGAGAAUGAGCUUUGAUGGUGGUUCUUCCUUAGACCCUGCCGAUGAUGAUAGCACGACAAUGUUCUGUAAAGAGUCGGAUCAGCCAUUGGACAGACAAAGAAAUGGUUUUGCACCGAGGUUGAGCAAAGACGCAGCUGCAGCCAAAGACAAGCAACCCUCUGAUAUGGAACUGAUGAAAGAGAGGUUUGCUAAAUUGCUGUUGGGUGAGGAUAUGUCUGGUGGAGGAAAGGGUGUUUCAUCAGCCUUGGCUUUGUCUAAUGCCAUUACGAACCUUGCUGCUUCUGUUUUUGGUGAACAAUCGCGUCUAGAGCCAAUGUCUGCAGAAAGAAAAACAAGGUGGAGAAAAGAAAUCGAUUGGCUUCUUUGUGUCACCGAUUACAUUGUUGAAUUUGUUCCUUCCCAACAAAAAUCCAAGGACGGAGUCAAUAUGGAGAUAAUGGUGACACGGCAACGAACUGAUCUACACAUGAACAUCCCCGCCUUGCGCAAGCUUGAUGCAAUGCUUAUUGAUUGUCUAGAUAAUUUCAAAGACCAAAAUGAGUUCUAUUAUGCGUCAAAAAAUGCUGAUGACUCUGAGAAAGGGAAUGCGAAGAGGAAAGACGACAAAUGGUGGCUACCUACUCCUCAAGUUCCUCCAGAGGGUCUAUCUGAAAUGUCAAGAAAGUUUUUGCAGUAUCAGAAAGAUUGCGUUAACCAAGUGCUUAAAGCAGCCAUGGCCAUAAAUGCUCAAGUUCUAUCAGAAAUGGAGAUCCCAGAAAACUAUAUUGAAUCCCUGCCAAAGAAUGGUCGGGCAAGCCUUGGGGACUCGAUCUAUAAGAGUAUUACAGAAGAAUUUUUUGAUCCCGACCAGUUUCUCUCCACCAUGGACUUGUCAUCGGAGCACAAAAUCCUAGACCUGAAGAACAGAAUUGAGGCUUCCAUAGUGAUUUGGAAGAGGAAGAUGAUCCAAAAAGAUGGAAAAUCUGCUUGGGGUUCGGCUGUAAGCUUGGAGAAGAGAGAGCUCUUUGAAGAAAGAGCCGAGACCAUUUUACUCAUCCUCAAGCACCGGUUUCCCGGGACUCCCCAAUCUUCACUAGACAUCAGCAAAAUCCAAUACAACCGGGAUGUUGGGCAGGCUAUUCUCGAGAGUUACUCAAGAAUCCUAGAAAGCUUGGCCUUCACAGUUCUGUCACGUAUCGAGGAUGUACUCUAUGCUGACUAUAUCACUCAAAAUCCGUCACAUGCUUCGUGUGGAAGGAACUCUACAACAGAAUCCCCUCAUAUUCCAGGGACCGAUAUCUUCUCAGUCCAUAGAGAAGAGAACGAGGAGGGGGCACCUGUGACACUGUCGGAUUUCAUGGGUUGGGGUCUGGAUAAAGGGGAUGCAGAGUCAAAGGACUCAACAGAUUAUUUAGAUGAAGUGUCCAUGGGUGCUGACGAGAGCCAUCAUCACUUGCACAAAGUUGCCAACAUAGUGACAAACAAGAAGGUUUCCUAUCUUGAGAACUUGGGUGGUUUGAGAAGCCCAACAGCACGCCAUUGACAACUUUAGGGGGGAGAAGAUGAAAAAGACAAAAAAAUGAUGACCACAUCAGAGAGAGAGAGAGAGAGCAUUACAGGAAAAGGAAUAUACUGAGCGAGAAAGCCUGACCUCGAGAUAUAGAUUUUCAGUACCAUGUGGAGCAAUCUUUGAGUUUUUAUUUCCUGUUUUCAUUCUAUUUCUUCCUUUUGUAAAUAGGGAAGAACGAGUAAAACUAAUUUGGCUUGAAGCAUUUGAACAUGAUUGUUUUCUGGCCUGUACAAGCAAAGUGAAAUUGUAGGCGUGUACUCAAUGUUCUCCUAA